CUUAAGUUUUAAUUUUAAUUCCUAUAAAUUAAACAUCGAACAAUUAUAGUUUCAGUACCUAUUACUGUGAGGAUAUAUAAAGGUCCGAUUUUUGGUCCAGAGACAGCCUUAGGAUAAGGAUCUGUUACUGUGGAGUGUUUUUCAGUAGAAUCAAUUUUGCAUUGGAUAAGCAGAGCAGGUAUUUAUUUAUUAGAUAAUGAAGCAAUAAUGAAAUGAUAAAAUAAUGAAUAAAGUUAGGGUCUUAAUGGGGAGCCUGUCUCUGUAGUAAGGAUAAUUUUUUUUUCAAGGAUACACUCCACUAGCUGAUGAGGUACAGAAAUAUAAGUAAAAUAUUGGAGCUGCCAGACAAGAUUGAGUAAUGAAAAAGAUAACUGUAUGGAAACAAAUGUGGUGUAACUGUACUGAUGAUCUAUUUUUGAACUAGGCAACAUUGAGUACUGUGUAUAUAGUGCAGUUCAUGACACUGCAGCUGGGAUUGAGAGCUUAACAGAAAAAGCAAUAUUUUAGUGAGGUACAAGUCAUAUAAUGCUGCAUUAUUGGAUCUAUAGGUUGUCUGAAAACUUCUAUUUGAUUUCUGAGGAAUUUUGAUCUUAAAGGGGUAAUACUGGAAUGAAGAAAAGUAAUUUUGGUGAUUAUCUGAUAACUGAGGUGCUAGAGUGAUGUGAAUAAUCUGACAGGUCAAUUGUUUGGUAACAUUUUGUAAGGAUUUAAUUUUCUUGUUGAAUGAGAGUAGUACUCAGAGUUGAGGGAAGAAGUAGGGCAAUGACUUGGUAUAACUUCCAUCCCCUUAAUUUUGAUUUGAGUAGUAAUUAAGUUAUGUGAUGAUGACUAUUUUUUUCAUAAUGUAAUGAUUAGUAAAUCUAUGCUACUGCACAUCUAGAGUUUUUGCUAGAGGUAAUGUCAUAUUUUAGACAUUAAGGUGAUAUGAGUUCAUAAAUGGUGUGAAUUUCGAACCGGGACUUGCCAUUUUAGUGACUUUGCAAAUGGGAAAGAAACAAAAAUCUUUGAAGUUUAACCAGUUUCUGACAGAGUUAUGACCUACUGUAAUGUUUUGUAGUGUAAGGUGUGCUUGAUUUUAAAUUCUUAACAAGUCCUCACCUUUUGUACUACAAUCAAUUUUAGUGCUAAUUAUUGUGAUAUUAUGAGAACUAUGUAAUGUAUUUAUUUAUGAAGUAGUGACUAUCAUUUGCCAUUAGUGUUAAACAUUUUUUUACAUUUAGUUAGAAGCAAAAGUGAGUGUACUAAAGUAGGCAUUUUGUCUAAUUCUUUCAUGUGCUGUGGCAGAGGAGAUCCACCUACAAGGGAACAGAUAGCAGUGCAUUUCCUUACUAAAUGUCACUUGGACCUAUUUAAGGCAUGGUCAACUUGCUCUUGCAGAGUGACUACGAUUGGGGCCAAGAAUCCUAUCGAGCUCCUGCCCAGCCAUCAACUCUGGAUGCUGCUCAACCUCUUGCAGCCGCACAUGCAUCUCCCAGCAGUGUUGGUUUCAUCGACAUCUGUGCCCGGCACACCAAUCUGGGCCAGCGCAUUUCGAUGGUGCUCACCUACACCUGAUUGGAAUAGCACUUUUAUAAGAACAUGCACAAGGCUCCAGUACGUCAGUUGUUAACGUAUUCAAUAUGUGUACAUUGCCUGCAUUGUAUUCUUGUUGAGAUCGC